AUGGGUGUCCGCUCGUUUUUCUCAAGGGCCUCUGUGGCAGCACUUGCGGUGACUGGAUGCCAGGGGAUCCGCAUUAUCCAGUCCAAUGAUGAUGGCUGGGCGGAGCUGUAUCUUCGGUCGUUUCACGACUCGCUCCUGAGCGGAGGUCACGACGCCGUGAUCUCGGCUCCGGCAGAAAACCAGAGCGGCAGAGGCUCCCUGGACUCAGACCCGACACCUCGAACGGCAGCAUGCGAAUAUGACAGCUGCCCGGCCAACACCAACACCCCAACGGGCACCAACUCGUCUGACACCCGUCUGAACUGGGUCAACUCAUUCCCGGCAACAUCGAUCCGCUACGGCAUCAACAGCAUCGGCCCCAACCUCUGGGGCGGCGCCGCGCCAGAGCUCGCCGUCACGGGGCCGAACGUCGGCUCCAACGUGUACCUCCAGGUCCAAUUCUCCGGCACCGUCGGCGCCGCGUGCUAUGCAGCCAACACAGCAGGCAUCCCGGCCAUAGCCUUCUCGGGCCUGACGGACGGCAACCUGGCCUGGAACACGGUGCCUGUGCCCGAGAGGAGCCUCAUCUACGCCGAUCUGGCUGCCAACCUGACCAACGCCAUCAUCGAUGCGGGCGCACCCUACCUGCCUAGCGGGAUCUUCCUCAACGUCAACUUCCCUGAGGUCACCGGCGAGUGCACCACGCCCGGCGCGUUCAAGUUCGUCAUGAGCCGUAUCAACCCGCGUACUAUCUUUUCCGCCCCGGAUGUCGACACGUGUGGCAGCACGGCGCUACCCACGGACAAGAGCGUCGUGGAUGCUGCGGGUUGCCAUGUCUCGGUCAGCGUUGGGGAGUGCAGGGACAAGUCGACGGCGGACGCGGCCAACCAGAAGAUUGUGCUGGAUAAGCUCGGAAGCCUUCUGACUUGUUUGUCAUGA